AUGAAGGCUGUCCUCCUUGCCCUGCUAGCCGCUGUCUUGGCCCUGCAGCCAGGCAGCGCCCUGCAGUGUUACUCCUGCCAGGCCGAGGUCAGCAACCAGCACUGCCAGCACGUGCAGAACUGCAGCCACUCUGAGACCCAGUGCUGGACUGAGCGCAUCCGUGCUGCUGAUCUCCUGACCUUCAUCAGCAAGGGCUGCAGCUCGCACUGUGUGGAGGACUCAGAGAACUACUACGUGGGCGAGAAAAACGUCACAUGCUGCUCUACUGACCUGUGCAACGCCAGCGGGGCCCACGCCCUGCAGCCGGCCAUUGUCACCCUGACGCUGCUCACCGCUCUUGGUGUGCUGCUGUUCUGGGGCCCCGGGCAGCUGUAGGAUCCAGGAGGACCCUGUUGUGUCCCAUGCUGGGCAGUGGUGCCCGGGGGGCACUCCUCACACACACCCGAUCCAGUCAUGGCCCCUUCUGAACCCUAACUCAGGUCGGACGAUGCCCCUCUGCCCUUUCCAGCCCUCCCUGGCUCCCUCCAGGACUCCUGCCCAGCUGCCACCGCCCGGCAGGCUGCGCUCUGUGAUGUGGAACAGCGUGCAGAUGGCCCAUCAGACCCCCUCCCAAUAUUCCGACCCACCCCUUAACCUUCACUCAGGCACUUCUUCCUCCAGGAAGCCUUCCCUGCUUGCCCCCUCCACGAGCUGAGCCAGGUCCUGUCCGUGGUGUCCCCCGCACCCAGCAUGAAGCAGGCUCUCAGGAGGGCCCCAAAAAGGUUGAGAGGAAAUGUUCCGAGUAGAAUUAGGGUCAGAGGUGUGAGGUCCUGGGAGCCCCAAGAGAUGAAGCUUGGAGGGGGGAACAGCUCCCCAUGAUCAUAGGGGUCCUGGGGCAGCAACCCCAACACACAGUAGGCCCUUAAUAA